AUGUCGUGUGCAUCUCAGAGUUAUGGUAUAUUACCACCUAAGUCUUCUUGUGAUACCAUUCCAAUCGACUAUGUCCUUUGUAGACAAAUAAAUAUGACACAGAACAGCAGUACAUGCAUCAAUGAGAUAAAGGAUCCAGAGAGUCGGGACAUUUUUAAGGUACCAGUCAUUGUGAUGUUUAUUGUAAUACCUCUAGCUGUUUUAUUGGCGAUUUCAGCGCUUACAUACAUCUACCGAAGAAGACGAAAAAUUAAAUCGAAGACAACAGAGCAGACCAAUUCAGUCAAAGAAUCCGACAUUGUAGGAGAGAAAGACGAAACGAAAAGAGGUAUAGAAGAACGAUACACAGAAAGAAAGGCCAACGAAUCGGGCUGCGAUCCAGUUUACAUUGAAAGUUAUGGUCAAUAUGACCAUUUGCAUUUAAAAAGAGUCCAUAAAGAGAAAACUGAAAAGGAAGAAAACCACUAUACAGGCAUAGACACCCCGUAUCAGACAACCUCUGCCAAAAACAUUGAGCUAACACUAAACGAAGACAUGUACACAUACUGAGAUGUGAUAAAAUCAAUGUAACAUAUUUUUGUUAGUAAAUGUUCAAAUAUUUAGAAAAUUGAAUUUAAAUAUAUA